AGACUCGCACGCAUGUCAGACUCCUUGGUCCGUGUUUCAAGACAGGUCAGAUGGGGAGCCCGCAGGUCGUUGCAGCGCAGCAUCCCGAAGGACGCGCCUGCGGCGCGCGAGAACCGGCCGUGCCAAUGACUGCUUCUAGAGGCACCUAGGUCCCCUAGGCUUAGGCCGCUGGCACGGCCGACAACAGUCCACGCCCCAAGCCGAUCGGCGGACCAGCAGACACCGUUCCGCAUACGACCAGGGUGCAUCGCCGGCACCCAUCCGCUUCCCUCCCGGCAAUUUCAAGCACUCUUUGACUCUCUUUUCAAAGUCCUUUUCAUCUUUCCCUCGCGGUACUUGUUCGCUAUCGGUCUCUCGCCUGUAUUUAGCCUUGGACGGAGUUUACCGCCCGAUUUGGGCUGCAUUCCCAAACAACCCGACUCGUUGACAGCGCCUCGUGCUGAGAUAGGGUCCGGGCCAGACGGGGCUCUCACCCUCCUAGGCGUCCCUUUCCAGGGAACUUGGGCCCGGUCCGUCUCUGAGGACGCCUCUCCAGACUACAAUUCGGGUAGUGAGGCUACCCAAUUCUCAAGCCGGACUACUCCUGGUUCGCUCGCCGUUCCUAGGGGAAUCCUUGUAAGUUUCUUCUCCUCCGCUUAUUUAUAUGCUUAA